GUCCAAGGCUCUUUGUGAUGGAACAAAUGAUCCGGCUUUGCGUCCUAUUUGUGGGAGACCAUUAGGUAUUGAAUUCUUCCACAGGAAGAAUAUGCUAUUUAUUGCUGAUGCUUUUCUAGGGUUGUUUGUGGUUGGACCAAAUGGAGGACUUGCAACCGGACUUGCUACUGCUGCAGAAGGAACACCCUUCAGAUUUCUUAACGGUUUGAGUGUUGAUCAACAUACUGGAGACGUUUAUUUCACAGAUUUCAGUUCAAGAUUCUUGCAAAGCCAAAUCCUGGACGCAAUUGCUGCCAAUGACUCAACAGGAAGGUUACUAAAGUACGAUUGCAGAAGUAAAAAAGUUAGAGUGCUACUAAGUGCCCUUUCUGGGGCAAACGGUGUUGCAAUCAGUUCAGCCUCGUAUUUACUUGUAGCUGAGACCAUAGCUUACAGAACUCGAAGAUUUUGGCUACGUGGGACCCGAGCUUUUACGUCUGAAGUUGUGGCCAAAUUUCCAGGAAGGCCUGAUAAUAUUAAAAGAGCACCUUCAGGAGAUUUUUGGGUGGCAGUCAACAUACCGAGGACAGAAGUACCAAGUUCAGUACCUGCAGAAAUUAGAAUCAACGGAGCUGGCGGUAAUUUGCAGACUUUGCCUCUAGACCAAUACUAUAACACUACUGUAAGUGAGCUUUUACAGCGUGGUUCGCGAUACUAUGCUGGAUCUGCCCAAGCCGAUUUUGUUGGUGUUUUCAACACAUGA